AUGGUGGAAAUGGAAGCUACCUCCUCUUCUGCUCCAAUGGCUUCCUCAUUCCAUGAACAAGAGAGACUGGACUUGAAAUCCAUUUGGGCAGUUGUCAUUUCAGUCAAUAGUUGCAUUCACAAACUCAUAUCAAAUGCCAAAGCUAGAAAUUCUAUACGUCUCAGAUGCACCUUCAAGUUUAGUGCUCAAAAAGGGGAAUUCUUCGAAUUUUCGGAGCAAUCUGUCAUAUCAAAUCUUUACUGGGGGAUUGACAGCAUUGAAGCUGCGAUUCGAGCAAAAUGUCCAGAACAAAAAGCCUCUCUGCUCAAGAAGGCAGAGCAAAUGCUGCAGGUUCCCGCGCUGCUCGAUGAGCAUGGAGUCACAGCAGGAUUUAAGAACUGCUGUUUGGUGUGCUGCUCAUACUUUUACCUCUCAGUGGUUAGGAAGCUCCAAGAGGAUGAGUGGCAGGUUGCACUGCAUUUCCUGCAGGCAGUUCUGGUGUUCCCAAGGCUUGUCAUGUUAUAUGGAGAGACAACUCAGUUGCACUGUGGAUACAGAGAAAUGUUUUCCCCUGAUAAUGAGUCACAAUAUUCUAUGCAUGGGAAAUCCAGCAGCUCAGGCUCUUCGAAUACAACGGAGCAUCAAUAUAGCUUGCACCCUCACUGGAAUCAUCAAAAGGUGCACCCUUUUGAUCCUCAACAAGAUACUGGUGGUGGCAUGGAAGAAGAACUCAAGACUUCCAUCUACAUCCCAGAAUUUGAAGAAUAUGAGAAAACCACAAAAGAUUUGGAUCAAGCAACACAUUUUGAUGUUAACAAUUUCCUAAGCAGUUCAAGUAUCAAAAGACUCCAAGAUAUGCUGGAUGACUCCCAAUCGGAUAUGCGAACUUCAGUGGAUUCGUGCUCUGAAAUUUCUGCAUAUGACGUUGAGUCAGAGGUUAUGGAUGAUGGGGAAUGUUCAAUGGCAACCACAAGAAUAAGUGCAGAUCUCCCCAAGUCAGAAAUUUGUGAUUGGAAGCUGCAGGAUUCAGUGCCUAAAGAGGCCCCUGAAGUAAAUCAUUCUAUGUUACUUGGCAGCAGAUGCCCAAUCAAUUUAACUUUAACUAUUUCAGAACAUAGAGAUGAAAAGCCAAACAUCCUUCGGAGUUGCUAUGUAGAGAAUGAGUGUGCAUCUCAGAAGAACUAUAAGAUCAACCAGAUGGAUCACCAAAGAAGUAAUUCAAGGAGAAAACAGAAUUUGCAUACCCCAAAAAGCUUUCUUGAAGUAAGUUUAUAUUCUGCAAAAGAUACCAAAAGUGAACUAAUAGGUAUCACUGAAAAGGCAAUUUCAAAACUAUUGUACUUGGAAGGAUUGGGAAAAUGGGAUGAAGAUUGUGCUUUAGAAGUUACAACAAUAUAUGAACUAUUAGGCAAAAAUAAUGGAGAAAAAUGUGCUAUCUUGAAAGACAUGAUAUUGGAUCAACUGCUAGCAGGUAUUUCAACUUCAAAGGAGGAAAUGGUUAUAAGGGCAUCAGUGUCCAUACUAACCAGUAUUGUUGCAGCAAAUAAGUCAGCUAUAGAAGACAUCAAGAAGAAAGGUCUACAGCUGUCUGAUUUGGCAAGUGCUCUAAAAAGAGAUGUGCAUGAGGCAGCAAUACUGUUUUACUUGAUGAAUCCAUCUCCUGCAGAAAUUAAGAGUUUAGAAAUUUUACCGAUAUUGACGGGGGUCAUGUGCAAUUCAAACAGUUACAAGGGUAGGUCAGAAUCUCUGCCAACACCUCUGACAGCAUCCCUGAUGAUUAUUGAAGUUCUAGUAACUGCAUUUGACCGUUGCACAAAUAACAUGCACUUGGCUGAAAUCAGUUCUCCAAAAGUUCUUCACGGGCUCAUAGAUGUUGCAAGAGUUAGUAACAUUGAAGAAUCGAUCUCUUGGGCUACUGUUCUUGUAAAAUGCAUACAAUAUGAUGGACAUUGCAGAAGAUAUAUUUCAAAACUAGCUCCUGUCGCUCCAUUUGUCCAUCUCCUAGAGAGUAACAAGAAGCAUGCCAAGUUCAUAGCACUGGAAUUUUUCCAUGAGGUUCUUUGCAUGCCAAGGUCAUCGGCUAUUAUCUUUUUGAAGAGGCUACACCAAGAAGGAAGCACCAACAUUAUGAACUCACUCAUGCUGUGUGUCCAACAAAUGCAACCUCAAUACCAACUUUUGGCAGCAAAUUUGCUGCUCCAUUUAGAUACACUGGAUAACGCCACUUGUAAGAGUGUAUUCAGAGACGAAGCAAUGCAGGUUAUCCUCAAGUCAGUGGCAUCUGAAGAAGGUUCUGAUACACACCUUUUAUCUGCAUUCAUUAUAUCGAAUCUUGGUGGAACAUAUUCUUGGACAGGGGAGCCAUACACAAUAGCAUGGUUGGUUAAAAAAGCAUGUUUGACUUCCUCAUAUCAACGUAAUAUGAUCAAAAACAUUUAUUGGUUGGAUGAUUGCUUAGAGGAUGCUGGAACAGAAUCAUGGUGCAGCAAAAUUGCCAGAAGCCUCAUUAAUAUUGGGAAUCCUGUCUUCCAUUCUUUAGAGAAGGGUCUAAAGAGCAAGGUAAGAAGGGUUUCUAGGGACUGUCUAACAGCCAUUGCAUGGCUUGGAUUUGAAAUGGCAAAGAGUCCAGAAAGCAUUAAAUUUUCUGCCUGUGAGAUCUUACUUAGUGGAGUCGAGCAAUUUUUGCAUCCUGGAAUGGAGCUAGAAGAAAGAGUUCUCGCAUGUCUCUGCAUAUAUAACUAUGCUUCUGGCAAAGGGAUGAAAAAAUUAAUUCAUUUCUCGGAAGGAGUGCGAGAAUCACUAAGACGAUUGUCAAAUGUAACAUGGAUGGCAGAGGAGUUACAUAAAGUAGCUGACUAUGUUCUACCAACCUUAUCACAGCGUAUCUCGUGUGUUCACACACAAAUCCUUGAGGUUUUUAUCACUUGCAGUGGAGCUGUGUGUGCCCUCAUCUAUUACAAGGGAUUUCUUUACAGUGGACACUCAGAUGGUUCUAUCAAGGUCUGGAACAUCAAGGGGCAAUCAGCCACCCUUGUAUGGGACAUGAAGGAGCACAAAAAGGCGGUUACAUGCUUUUCACUUUUCGAACCAGGAGACAGCCUUAUAAGUGGAUCACUGGACAAAACCAUCAGGGUAUGGCAAGUGGUUCACAGGAAAUUGGAGUGCAUUGAAGUUAUUGCAACAAAGGAACCAAUUCAGCACCUAAAUACAUACGGCCAAACAAUAUUUGCAACUACUAAUGGCCAUGGGAUUAAGGUGUUUGAUGCAUCAAGAAAGGUCAAGGAUAAUUGCAAGAAUAAAAAGGUGAAGUGUCUGGCAGUGGUUCAGGGGAAGAUUUAUGCAGGGUGCAAGGAUUCAAGCAUACAGGAGUUUUCAAUUACGAACAACCGGGCCCAAGAGAUCAAAGCAGCGACAAAAUUUUGGAAGCUGCAAAAGAAGCCCAUUAAUGCAAUUGUCACAUAUAAAGAUUGGCUUUACAGUGCAAGUUCAGUUGUGGAAGGUUCAAAUUUGAAGGAAUGGAGAAGACACAGCAAACCCCAAAUGUCGCUAAAAACUGGCAAAAGAGAAUGUAUAAUGGCAAUGGGAAUAGUUGAAGACUUCAUAUACCUCAACUGCAGCUCAGCAACAAACAUCAUUCAGAUAUGGUUAAGAGGGACUCAGCAGAAAGUGGGCAGAAUUUCAGCAGGAAGCAGAAUUACCAGCCUCCUCACUGCCAAUGACAUUAUCCUAUGUGGUACCGAGACGGGUCUGAUCAAGUUGCAUGUAAAGAGCUAUGUUGCGCCAUUGGUUGCUAAGUAUGUAAUAUGCGAUAUCAUUGUUUGUGCAUCGUAUUUUGUAUUCAACAUGUGUACCGAAAAUGGAGGUUGA